AUUACCGGCUCUUGAAUAGAACUGCAUUUUUGAUCUCACCUCUGUAACCGGAAACACACAAGACUUUUAUCACCCACACGACAAAGCCUCAUCAAACAAUGCUGUGAAUGAACGCAAUGUGAUCUAAUAAUACCACAAAGCUGGUGUGAUAAAUUGCAUUUGUUAUACCUGUCACGCAAAUUAUCUGAAAAACACAAGGACUGCAGUCUAGAAAAAAAAGCAGUCAAAGCGACGUGGAAAUGAGAUUGCUGCUUGAUUUAUGAUGAACGAUCCGUGCAAAAGAUUCCAAUUGGAUUCAAUUUAAUUAGAUAUGGUUCUAUUCAAUUAAAACAAAUACUUCAAUGCGAAACAUAUCUAUACCAGUAAAAAUCAAUUUUGUUUGCGUUGCGACGUCAAAAUAUAGUCCUUUCACCAACUGUGUUAGGAAAUAUUAAAUUUAAUUCGAUUCAUUAUAUUGAUACACAGUACUAUACGGUUCUAAAGGAAACCUCAGAAUAAAAUCAAUUUUGUUUGUGUUGUGACGACAAGAGAGCCCUCUAACCAACUGUGUAAGGAAAUAUUAAAUUCUGAUCUGGAAAAAUACAUAAUUACAAACUGUGUGCUAUAGAAAGAACGGGUUGAUUCUGAUCAUAUCUAGAUUGAUAGGGAAAUUAAUAGCGUGACACCAGUAAUAGAGUCUAAUUUAAUAAUAGACAGAUCGUCAACAGUGUCUCGGACCCAGGCUAAUCUCGGCUAACUUACGGCUGAUAGUUGGUGAUCCGUUAAAUGUCUGGAAUCGCUUCGAGUGCAUGUUAUAUUGUAUUGUUCAAUUUUUUCACGAUAUUUAAAUAAGAGUUGAUGCUGGUGUCUCCACUCAUUAAAAUAACUUGCAUACAGCCAUUGAACUACGACUGAUUCUGCGUCGUUAGGGUAUAUACAGUCAUUGUUGAUUGAACAGCGACAAUAGCAUACGCAGUAAAUGAAAGCUGGUUGUAUUACUUGCUACUUAAAAAAAACAGCUUAAUUAGUUUUAGAUUUUUUUCGACAUUGUUUCUCAAAUAGCAUAUAUUCUAAUUAUAUUGCUAAUCUUGGUCGCUUAGCAUAUUGGUUCGUGACUUGUUUUGCUCAGUGUGCAAUAGCUAGCGGCACGGUACUGUUGGAAGUUAAAAGAUACAAAACCCACUCAAUCGCGAAAACCGGAACUGCAUAUGAAAUGGUCCGCCUUGAUUCCACUAAUUAAACAAAGUGUUUAAACAUUACAUGUCACUGAAGGCUCCCCAAAGUGUGUUUAAACAAGGGAAACGUGACAGGAAAAAAUCAAAGGAAUCAAUCUUGUAAAGAACUAAACCAAACAAAGUGCGGUGUUUCCAGAUUCGGGCGGAAAAUCCAGUUAGGAAGAAACUUUGUUAUAGCUUUUUAACUUAAGCGCAGUGUUUCCAGACUCCAGUUAGAAAGAAGCGCUGUUAUAGUUUUUUUUUUAAAAUUAAGCGCAGAGUUUCCAGAUUCGGACGAAAGAAACAUCAUUUUAAACCACUAACCAAUUGCUGGUAAGCCCAUAUAUUCUUGGAAUAUUGACAUAGUUUUUAAUGACUUAACGGUUCACAGCAGGUGAUUCUCCAUAUUAGAUUUAUUGGAUUGCACAAUAUAAGUAUGUUAUAAAAAGAGUGAACAAAACAUGGCGUUAAAUACAAGCAUAGAAAACUUGACACUCAAUUCCUCACGUAACAAUACCAAUAUAGACUCAUUUCCGUUUAAUGCUGCGGGAUUACCGGAAGUAAUCGGAUUCAGUGUUUUAUUCUUAGUGAUAGGUAUCAUAGGAAUUAUUGGUAAUAUUCUUGUGAUUUACACAGUUAUAAGUGACAAGAAAAUGCGGUCAUCUGCCACCAAUUUACUUAUCACAAACUUGGCGUUUGCUGACCUGAUCAUUAUGAUAUUUGGAAUACCGGAAAUAGUCCAAUUCAUGAUAAAUAAGGGCUGGGUAAUGGAUCUAUUGUCAUGUAAAAUAAAUCGCUUUAUCCUGGUAUCCAGUCUUUAUGCUUCAGUGUUCACUCUGGUCUCUAUUUGCAUAGAAAGGUAUGUUGGAAUAAUCCAUCCAAUCAAAGCCUACAUCCUGUGCAACCGGAAGAGGAUAACAAUAGCUAUUGGUUUAGUAUGGCCUUUAUCCUGUUUACUCGGAACACCAACGUUAGCCUUUAAUGAAAUCCAACCUGGACGACCUAAAGUGACGUCACUGAACUUUUGCGUGUUGUCGUUUCCGUCCUACCAUGAGACAUAUUAUCUGGUUUUUAAAUUUAGUGAAUUUGUGGUUUUUUAUUUGGGGCCUUUGGUUGUACAAGUUAUACUGUACACCAUUGUAUCGAAGCAUUUGUUUAACCGUUCCGAGGAACUACAUAGAAGAUUGCACGUGCUAGAUGACAAAGGAUCCGCGAAGGAAAUUUCAUCGGAGGCGGUACAGGCCCGUCGUGGUGUUGUCAAGAUGCUUAUUUUAAGUGUUAUUGUUUAUUUCGUCAGUUAUUCCCCUCAUCAAAUCCUGUUAUUCUAUCACGCAUUUCGACCUCGGGCGUUUCAAGAUCAUUGGAGCAUCCAGGUGUUAGUGAUGAUAGUAGCGUAUAUCAACUCGGCCGUCAAUCCCCUGUUUUACAGUGUCUUCAGUCAGAACUUCAGAAGAGGUUUUAAAGGUGUUUUAUGUUCCCGUAGCCAUUGUAAUACGUCAUCACGAUUACCACCCAAUCAUGCCCAAUGUAAAUUUGGUAAAAUGACGAGUGUUAACACGACGGAAUUUUAGUUCAGAUUUAAUUGACUUCAAAAAGGAGCGUGGUGACCGCUGAUUUUUCACGUGGAACAAGAUCCCAUCAGGGCAUUAUACACAUCCAAUAUGCAUAAAGGAUGAUCCGUGGGUUCUUUGUGUGAAAUUAUGUGCUCUGUGGGACAUGCUAGACAAUAAUUGAGCAGGAAACUAAUAAUAAUUAUGAACACUCAUCUGUUUAUACAGGAGAACGCUAGAUCGAAGACGGUCUAGCACAAAUGACGUCAUAUGUGGAUUGUGGUUUAGCGUUAGAAUAAUGCUUAGGCCUGCGUCUAGGGGUGGGGUUAUGUUUGGCGCUAGCCCUGUUUAUUUAUAUCCCGAGAUCUUGGCGAAAUCUGCAGCCCUAACCCUUCCUAGCCCAUACUUCACAUAUGACGUCAGAUGUUCUAGACCGUCUCCAAUCUUGCGUUCUCCGAUCAUACAACAGGAGGCUGGGUAGCCGAAAGGUUAACGCGUGUGCCGUGUUUCAUAAGGUAUUUUAUUGAGUCAAGCGUUGUGGGUUUGAUUCCCCGCUUGUACAUGACAAGGAGUAGGGUUGCCUGUUCAACCUCGCGGAUUUUCUCUGGGUCCUGCGGUUUCCUCCCACUGCUAAAGACCCCUACGCGCAAGCGAGUUAUUGAAAUAAAAUUAAACCAUGAGUUAAUCCCGAAAUGACCUAAUUUGUUUAUCUGUAUUGGGUCUAUCCUCAACUCAACUACAAGGUAACAAUCGAGUCAUAACAAUCGUUUUAACGUCGUAAAUUAACUCCGUUGUUGGGUAUAUUUUUGUUAGAUUUGUUUCCAACUUUCCAAUCAAUUCUACUAUUUACGUGUCAUUUAUUAUCUGCUUUGUAACAUUUGAACGCAUGGCGUAACUUCGUAGAGUAUUGCAGCUAAUGUGUAUUAAUCUUGUUAGAUUUGUUGACAACCAGUUCUUGUUUUAUUUCUUUUGUCAACAUUGAACACAUAGAGUGAUAUAUUGUAACAAUUGUCAAGCAGAUAAGCCAGUUUUAACUUCGUAACUAAACUUAUCUAAUGAGUGUAGUUUGCUUUACUAUAAAUCUUCAUAGCCUUUGUUUUAGAGUAAAACCAGAAUGUGAAAGUACACAAACGGCUUAUUUUUUAAAUCCAAUAACCAAUAAUCCCG